UUUUUUUUUUAUUCAUUUAUUUUAAUCAAUUAACCGUAUUACUUAAUCAAUGUUAUUCACCCAUACUUAUUUAUUCACAGAUAAAUAUAUCAGAAUUUACAAAUUUUACAAACAAACGUUUCAAUUUAUAGGACGGUGAACUAACGUAAAGUGGUCUAUAUUUAACGAUUACAUUGAAUGAAAUGCAUCGAGCAUGACGUGCUCAAUUUUAGCUUUUUAGUUCUGUUGUGUAAAAUCACGAUUAACUUUUAGGGUUGAAUGUGACUCAUUGAAGAGGACCCGGGAAAAAAAUUUCAUACAGCGAAAAACCAUAUCAAACAUUUACAAGAUAAAAAUCAUGUAUCAUACCACCGCCAUAACUAGAUAUACGCUUCAUCCACAAAUAUGAGCGAUUUCUACACGUUUUGUGACAGAGAAAUCUAUUUAUAUAUCGUAUCCAAGUUACCUGAGAAAUUCCGUGCUUGAGUGACUCUCGUGUCGAUGAGACAACCAGGAACAAAUUAUCAAACAUCGACAAUACAAGAUUUCUACAUACACGGACUGAGUCGAAGAGGGAAUGGCUCGAUUUGUUUCACUUCUAAGAUUUGUUUGUUUGCUGGAUUUGAUAUACAUGUAUGUCUUCGCACAAAUAGGAAAAGAUGGAUCGAUUCAAGUUUACUUGGAAAUCAUGAACUCCACAGGGGCUAGUGGUUCUCCCUGCAAAAUGCCAAAACUAUUAACUGUUAGUGUUUUACUCACUAAUGGGACUGUAUUCUACAAACUAAAUCUACAAAGUCGAAAUAGCCAACCAGAUGAGGAUAAACCAUUGUAUAGUAUUAGAAAAUCGGCGGCAUCGCAGCCCAUUCUUAUACGAGAGAACAGCAUACCCAUUCAGAAAUCCAUAGUGUACAGCAGUCUACGGGAGCCUGAUACACUUCUAGAAAUACGGUGCUCACGGACGAGACAACAUGAUAUUUAUUCAUACAAUGGCGUGUUUUCACGGACUGAUACUCAGUAUACACUGCUUCCAGGGAUAGGGGACAUCCAUUACCUCACCCCCACUCCCCGUACGCACGGGCCCCAGCAUGACUACCGUGUAUUGCCUGGAGAUAACAUAAUCCAAAGAAUGAAAGAGUCAAUAAGUCUACAAAAACUGAAAUCCCGUUCACGGCGCCAAAUAAGCGGAACACACGUCAUUGAUGUGCUUAUUCUAAUAGAUCACAGAAUAUAUACAGAGUGGUAUGAUAGAAGCACUGGUGACUCUCCUUUCCUCAGAGAACAAUCCGCAAAGUCAAAUAUCCAUACAUAUUACUCACACUUUCUGAAUGAGGUCGACAUGCGGUACCAGGGUAUCCGACAACCCGGUCUGAACUUCCGGGUCAAGGUCGCAGCUCUCUUACUCGCUGAAAAAAAAGAUUCGUACCAAUGGACAGAAUUGAAAAAAGAACCUGGAUCGCCUCGGGAACUUCUAAAUGCUGAUGAGGCCCUGAAGGAUUUCCGGUCUUGGAUUAAUAACAGUAACGAUUUGCCCCUGCAUGACCACGCCAUCUUAUUUACAGGGUACAAUUUGUAUACCUCGGACGGAUUUCAAAAGAAACUUCACACAGCAGGUUUGGCCUUUAUUGGGUCCAUGUGUAGGGGAGGGGGUGACAGUGUGUCUAUUGUAGAGGAUCAUGGAGGUUUCCAGAACAUCGCUACAGCCACCCACGAGAUAGGACACAGUCUGGGGUCUCUACACGACGGAGAGAACAAUGCCUGUAAUCCUAACAAUCGUUACAUCAUGUCCUCGUCAGAAAACAUCGACUCCGUGGCGCCAGAAAAACGAACUAAUCAGUGGCACUUCUCCGCAUGCUCACUCAACUACUUCCGGGAGUUCCUAAUCAAUAACAACAGGAACGGAUUGACGUGCUUGUCAGACACACCACAACUUCCUUCUCCCCCGUCCUCGGUACCGCCAGGUCAACUUUACUCACCUGAUGAACAGUGUAAACUCAUCUGGGGCCCUCAGUCCUACCUAUGUAGGGGGAACGAAUUUGGGGACGCCGGGUCGAUAUGCACGGCCAUGUACUGCCGCGAUCCCAGCAGCGGAAACGAUUGUGUCUUGCACACGGCCGCCAGGGGGACUUCAUGUGGAAACAAAAAGUGGUGUGAAGAGGGGAUAUGUACCUUUUCAGAAAAGGCACCAGAACGUGCAGAUUCGUGCGUUCUGGGGGAUCAGCCGGGAAUUGCCUUCAUUAAUAAAACUUGUGAUGAUUUGAUUAAAGAACUACCUCAGUACUGUUACAAGGAAAAGGUCCGAGCCCGCUGUUGUUCAUCUUGUUCUAAACAUUAUUCAUGGAUUGCAGGUUGCGAGUACGGAGAUCGAGUUCUGGGCUGUAAAGAUUUCCACUGUAACAUGGUGGAGGAUCCAAACGUUCUCACCGACUGCUGCAAAACCUGCUCCUUCGGGACACUCAUCCCGACAACACCCGCUCCUGAUUUCUCCGUGCGUCCUUUUAUCACAGACAAACCCACAGAGCACAGACCCCAUAUCUGUGUAGAUCGCGCUGAAAUUAACGGCCAGAGUUGUGGGAAGUUUCUUACGGAGCGAGGUCGACACUCGUGUUAUGAUAAUAGGCUAUCUGCCUAUUGUUGUGGAACCUGUAGAAACCUGCUUAGUCUUCGCAGUCCAGAUUGUCCCUAUGGUGACCGACUCCCAGACUUUUGCUCCCAGCAAGUGAAUGUGACAGAGCGGUGGUGUAAUAACUUUCGCCCUCAUUGUUGUGACACGUGUAAUACUAGUUCAGCGCCCAGUGUGUUCAGCCUAAGGACAGUAUUUAUAGUACUGACUUUUAUUUUGUUCAGCUACAAUCCACACAUGGAAUCUCCAAUGGUACAGCAAGCCUUUAAGGCGGCUCCCCUUACCACCGAGUUCUUCCUACAGGGUAGCGUGCUGGAAAACUCCCUGGAGACACUGUUGAACCGCCUUAAGGGAUUGUGUGACAGUGCAGAUCUUCAGCAGGAGACUUUCCAGGACCAUGAGAUGGUGUUCCACAUCAAGAACACAUCAGUUCCCACACCUUUAGUGUUCAGAGUCAGACAUUCCUUGGUUCAAACAGAUUGUUGGUCAUUGAGGUAUUUAGGUAAUGCGGAGGUUGGAGACAAGAAUCGCCCUACAUUGGUCCGGAAUUACAUCGACUGUCCCACGUCAGACAACGUAGCCCAGUUUAUUACAGAACUAGGCUUCAAAAUGGACCAUGAAUUUGUUGUGAAAGGAUUUUAUUUCCAUAAGGGCAGAAUGAAGAUCACAGUCUCCAAGUUCUAUAAGAUGAACCAGGUUGGAAGCACCACCAAUGACACCAUUGAACCCAUUUGUCCAUCGUAUCUCGUAGAACUCAGUGUGGUGACUGCAUCAGGACAGGAAGGAGUCGGGGACGAUAUGAAGAACUUCACAGAGCAACUUAAACCAUUAGUCAUGUUAGAGAAAACAGACCACAGAAAAAUCCAGCUGGCUCAGACUUAAUGGACAAAUGAAGUGGACUAGAUCAAACUUGAUGGAUAUAUGGAGUGGGCUAUCUAAGACUUGAUUGAAAAUUAGAAUGGGCUAGCUCAGACUUGAUGGACAAAUAGAAUGGGCUAGCUCAGACUUGAUGGACAAAAAAAUGGGCUAGCUCAGACUUGAUGAACAAAUAGAAUGGGCUAUCUCAGAUUUGAUGGACAAAUAGAAUGGGCUAGCUCAGACUUGAUGGACAAAUAGAAUGAGUUAGCUCAGAUAGAGUGGACUCUCGUAAUCAGAUGAAGAUAACACCAAAGAGAAUGCUAGAAUAAGCAGUUUUAUGAAGACUGAAGAUUUUAUUCAGUGUGGGUGGAAGAAACAAACAUCUUGUAUUGGUGCAUUAAAAGAGACGUUUUACAAGGUUACACAAUGCUCAUCAUCAGCGAGAGAAAAAUAAAAUCUUUGGUCCAUGCUGA